AUGGUCGAGAAAGUCUACGUCACAUACAACCAGGUGCAUAAACUGUGCCAGGCCUCUGCAGGCCGCAUCCUCGAGGAAUUCCGCCCGAACCUCAUGAUUGCCAUCGGCGGAGGAGGAUAUGUCCCUGCAAGAAUGCUAAGGUAUGGAAGCAAUAUCAUUUUGGCUGAGACCCAUGGAACGCAUCUUUUUUUUUUUUCCUUUCCCAUUUCGGUAUCUAACUGGGGGUGUGUGCAAUAUAGAUCGUUCCUCAAAAAGAAGGAUUCCCCAAAUAUUCCUAUCCAGGCUAUUGGACUUUCGCUGUACGAAGAUCUAGGUAGAGGAGACCCCGAGGAGGUCCCCGGCACCAAAGUCACACGCACUCAAUGGCUGGAUCUCAGCUCGCUGGAGAUGGCCAAUCUGAUCGGAAAGAAUGUUCUUAUCGUUGACGAAGUUGACGAUACCCGCACCACCCUCGAGUACGCCGUUCGUGAGCUCGAGAAGGACGUUGAACUUGCACAGAAGCAGCUUGGUCGACAAGGAGAGAAGACUACAUUCUCCAUCUUUGUCCUACAUAACAAGGAUAAGCCAAAGAAGGGCCAGCUUCCACCAGAAAUGCUCGCCGAGAACCGAUAUCUUGCUGCCGUGACGAGCGGAGAUGUUUGGAUCUGCUACCCAUGGGAAGCCACGUUAGUCCCUCCCCUCCCCACUCCUAUUCAUAUGUCUAUACCUCUAUGCUUUGCGCCGGGAUACUGGAUACUAACCCUUGCCUCUAAGUGA